AUGAAUGGAGGUCAUUCUUUUUCUGUUCUUGAGGGUAACCAGAUCUAUGUAGAGGAUAUUAUCAUGGUCUUCCAAGAGCAACUGAAGACGGGUCUUCAUGAAGGUGCCAGUAUAUUCUUUGGCCAUGAGGACUGCAACUGCAACCAGUCUGACUACAGUGGCUUUUUGAUGCUACAACCCCUGGGGCAGGGCAGGAUGGAAAGCAUGAUUCAGAAAUUAAAGAAGUUGGAUGCUUAUCCAAAAAUCAGUGAGGAUUUUUAUCGGAGGACUUUCUCCGGUGGCCUCAUUACCCUCUUCUCUUUUCUUAUCAUGCUUUUCCUCUUCAUUUCUGAGUUCAGAUUAUAUAUGCACACUGUUACUGAAACAAAGCUUUUAGUGGAUACUUCAAGAGGAGAAACUGUAAAGAUUAAUUUUGAUCUCACUUUUCAUGCAAUUCCAUGUUCAUUGAUCAGUCUUGAUGCUAAGGACACCAUGGGAGAGGAGCAUUUUGAUAUAACUCAUGAUAUAACUAAGAGGAGAAUUAAUGCUGAUGGUAACGUAAUAGAAGUGACGCAAAGUAGGAUUGGUGCCCACAGAGUUGAAAAUCCUUUGCAAAAGCACGGUGGCCGACUGAAAUAUGGUGAAAUUUAUUGCGGCUCAUGUUAUGGUGCAGAACAGUCAGAUGAACAAUGUUGCAACUCAUGUGAACAACUUCGUGAUGCAUACAUUAAGAAAGGGUGGGCAGCCAGAAACUUGGAUGAGACUGACCAGUGUAAACGAGAAAGAUUUUUCGACAAGGUGGUAGAUCAACAAGGUGAAGGAUGUAAUAUAUAUGGAUCUCUUGAAGUAAAUAAAGUGGCUGGGAAUUUUCAUUUUGUACCUGGGAAAGGCUUUCAUCACUCUGAUGUCAAAGUGCAUGAUUUGUUAUCUGUUAACUUAUAUACUUAUAAUAUAAGUCACAAGAUUAAUAGACUAGCUCUUGGUGACUAUUUCCCAGGCGUAGUAAAUCCCCUAGAUGGGGUACAUAGGGAGCAAGGAAAGCCAAAUGGCCUUCACCAGUAUCUUCUCAUGGCAGUUCCAACAAUAUACACUGAUAUAAAAGGCGAAAUUAUUAAAACAAAUCAGUACUCGGUAACAGAGCACCACCACCUAGAAUCGGCCAACUACGACGCUCCUGGAGUUUUCUUCAUUUAUGACUUCUAUCCAAUUAAGGUGACUUUUAAAGAGGACCAUAUUCCAUUUUUACACUUCGUGACAAGUAUUUGUGCUGUAUUUGGAGGUAUUUUCACAAUUGCUGGAAUACUAGAUUCAUUUAUCUAUCAUGGUCAAAGAGCAAUCAAGAAAAAAGCAGAAAUCGGCAAAUACACAUAA